CACAGGAAAUGACAUUUCCUCCGCUGAGCAGGGGAGGGGUGUACGCGGAACGCGGAGGGUGUUUCUAACUGGGAACAGAGAGGCACUGUUUCAUAUUACACACCAAAUGGGAAAAAGAAGGGAGAAUAGCCCUUGGACUUGUCUCGCCCGAGCCGCUGCACUGGGGUAUGGAGCCUGCAGCUCGGCAAAAUGAACAUCUCCUCUGCGUUCUUAGUCCUCCUGACUAGGGCUCUGCUAGCAGAGGUCUGUGAGGCCCUCAACGUAAGCGUGAUCCCGGGGCCGGUGGCUGUGGUCCCACAGGGGCACAACGCCACACUGACCUGCAAGGUGACCCAGAGGAGGAGGCCCUCCAGCCUGCUGGUGGUGCGCUGGCUCUUCUCGCUGGAGGCCGGCCAGGAGCAGCUCAUCGUCAGGAUGAACGUGCGCCGCGCCCAGGUCUACGGCAACUACACACGCCGCUUCCACCAGCCCAAAGUCAGCUUCUUCGAGGAGAAGGAGGGCGAGACCUACAACCUGCUCAUUUUCAACAUCUCCGUGGAGGACCGAGGCCGCUACACCUGCAAGGUCCAGGAGAUCACGAAGCACCACAGUCGAUGGAGGUCUUUCUCCAAUGGCACCGCCACGACCGAACUGAGAGUGCACUUCCUGUCAGAGGUGGAGAAGAGCCAUGGGAUAUGGCGGCUGCUUCAAGACGUGUACCUGUGUGCUGUGCUCAUCUGCUCUGCUGGGCUGAUAUGCAUGUUCCUGUUCACGGUCAUCCUCUCCUGCCAGUACCUGCGCAGAAAGCAGAGACUGAGAGGCAAUUACUAUUUGGUCAAGUGUCCUCAGAACAGCUCGGGGGAGACAGUGACCAGCGUGCUGAGCCGCUCUCCCGGCAUGGGGGAGAAGGGGAGGAGGCCGUCCGGCGAGAGGCCCAGGGGCCGCGCUGAAGCGGCGCCAGAAGUACCAGCCAAAGCUCCCACUGCAGACAAACUGAAGAAACCCAAGCUAUUAAGGCCUCAGCCCAAGAAGCCUCAGAUUUUGGAGGACUCCCUGACCUACGCUGAGCUGGAGCUGGCCAAGCCGCAGCCAGAGACGAAGUCGACCUGCACAGGCACCGUCUACGCCCAGAUCCUCUUUGAGGAGCAGCAUCUUUAGACAGCCCCAUGCGUGGGUAGUCCCUUUGUGGUGCAGCCUUCAGUGGUGCACUCAGGCCGGCUAUGAAAACGCGUAAUGUACCGAAGUCACGCAAAUAACAUCUGUGCAUGUUGGUUCCCUCCUUUUAACACGCGGUCCUCGCACAAACGCAAUUAAGAUGCGCUUUAUUUCCGGAAUUUUAUUACUAGCGGACAUUACAGAAUUUCCUGUGCAGAGAUUUGAAUAUCUCUAGGUUACACACAGUCUGUGAGCCACAGGGAAAAGCCACAGAUAGGCGGAUUAAAAGCGUCACAUAUGAGGGAAUGGGAAGCCCAGUAACCUCACCCUAAUGAUGGAGCGUGACAGUGUCAGGCGGCCGCCCCUCGCUGGCUCUGUGAAGGUCAUGCUGCAGUUAAACAGACAUGAGAGCAGAGAUGGCAGCAGCCCAGUCAUUAGUGUCAAAGCCAUAGUGGAGAGUCUCUGGGUCAAUCCCACGGACCGCAGCUUAGGGAUGACAUCGAGCAACCCCCAGCCCUGCCCAGCUGCUGAGGACUGCGAUGAACCCGCUAAUGGUUACAUUUAUUAAAAAUUACCCUAAUUGUAAUCAUGCUUAAUAAUUAGUUUUACAGUGCAUUAUAAUUGGGUUAGACUACAAGAUGGUUCUGCCUAGGUGCUAUAAUUUAUUUGAUUUAAUUAUUUGAAGGAGCCAAACAGUCUGACAUUUAAUAUCAUAAAAUCACUGGUGUAUUAAAAUUGAGAUGGCCAUUGUCUUUUAGAAGGUCAUUUGCUUCUUCGUGGGACAGAUAUAUGGUGAUUAUUUUCCGGUCUAUUAAGCUCCUCCACUUAGCACAAUUAGCGCAAUGUGCAGAGGUUAAAGAGAGAGCCAGUCUCCAGGCUGUGGUCACAGCAAAUAUUCACGGCCAGCUGCACCUGCCCUUCCCCUCUCUGAAAGGUAUACAGUGUGGGGGAGGGGUCUCUCUUGGACUGCCCCCUCCCCACCCGAAGGACAGGUCCUCCAGGAAUAAACAGCAAAAGCAGCUCCAAAUCUCUCUUCUGCUCUCCCUGGAGUCCAGGCUCUUAGCAUGAUUUACACCACAGGCUUGGAUUUGACAUCAUUCUUGCAGAAUUUAUAGUUUAGUUCAUCCUAAAACAUCAGUCUUGUCUGUUAGUUAGAAAGCUAGAAAGAGAGGUACAUACUCUCAGUGGGGGAACAGGCGAGAUCACCUUCCUUCUUUCCAAGCACCUAUCUGUACUGUGAGCGUGAACUCAAGAGCCAGCUCCCAAUCAGACAGCUAAAGCCAUGCCUCUAUUUUACCAUAAUUAUCUUCAAAUUUACUUAUUCAACCCAAAGCCUAUGAGAGGAAUCAGUAACAGUCAAUAAUACAAUGCACUUCUUGUGGCAACUUGGCCUAGUUUGUGAAUUUUGUUUCCCAUCUGAAUCCAAUAACGAUGUGUGAUGAUUUUAUUCCUAGUCAUUACUGAAGGUGCCCACAAGGUCAUAGGAUGUUGUGUGUGUUCAGUGAAUAGGAGUAAUAAAUAGUCUAUGACAUAC